AACAUUUUUUUUAAAUCUGUUGUUGCAUUUUACGCGCAGCGAGGUGCAGACGAACUGUUAUCUAACUAACAAGAUGCUCUAAUCGGACAAAGAGUAUCAUGAUAGUGAUAAUAUGAGGAGUAAAAGCAGUAUUUAUGAUCACUCCACACAGCGACUUAAAGUGUGUCAGCAGUUGAUGAGUUUUGACCUGGUCUUACUUUAUCGGCUUUGCGAUGCUGCUGCUCCACACGGGCGAAAUGUGUUUCAUUCUUCUCACAUUAAUCAAAGAAUGCUACAGUAGUUUUUAAGUGAUAUUUAGCCGCUAAAGAUUUGAAUACAUGUAUUCAAAUCUUGAAAUAUUGGUAUGAAUCAUUGAAAAUAUAUUUCCACUAUUUCCAGAUGCAAAGGUUUGCUCUCCAUCACUGUUAAGCACCAACCGGGAUUUUAAUGGAUUUCCAGGUGAACACUGGUUGAUAUUCGGUCUGAACGUCUAAGACCUAUUUUCACCGUUUUUUCAACCGGCUAAAAUGUGGUUACAACAUCAACGUGUCACAAAACACCAACGUUUAAAAAAAUGUUGAUGGUUUGUUCAGUUGUAGGUUGAAAGAGAGACGAUAUUGGCUUCUGUGAACACAAAAAUGUUCUCGAAAGUCAUAUUACACUGAAGUCUGUGGUCUACACAAAGAUAUGAUUUGAAUGUUUCAUACAAAAUGUCAUAAAUAUGGAACUAUAGAUGUAUGCUGCCAACAAGAUGCUCCCAGGACAUCGUAAUGAGAGUGUUUACUGCUGGAACACGCUUUGGCUUUGGCGCUUUGGCUCAGAGUGCUUCAACUUUGAAAGUUGCACUGGUCUGGAAACUCGGCACUGAACUUGAAGAGCGAAGUGAACGAGCUGACGGAAUAAACAUGAGGCUUCACGCUAACGCCAUACUUUGUAAGUAUUUUAACUACUUUAUUUCAACUAUGCAAAGCGAAAUUAGCCCCAUUAGUAUCAUUUUAUGCUGCUAACGAUGAAGGCGAGGCUGCUAGAUUGUAGCGAUAGUAUGUUAGCUUUCAGUAUUAGCAUGUUAGCCUAUAGCGUACUGCAGCAUGGACCCACAGUAAACAUAAACAUGUGUGUUAGUUAAAUGUUGGAGACUGUCUUUAUGGGCUAUUGCCCCAACGUUAUAAAAUUUAGUUUUUAGGCCAUUUUACAUAUGAAAUACACGACAGAAAACGAGCAGGGCUGUACACAGUCUGAAUGGGGAGGAAGUGAGUAAAACAAAGUGAUGUGUAAACAAGAAGAUGAUCAAAACAUUGUUUGGCAUGCAGCAAUAUACAAACAAUAUAAAAUAUUAUACUGUGUAAUAUCCCAGUGAGCAUCUUUCCGCUGAAAGGACGUUUAAUAAACGACUGUGGUCAGCGGUGAAAAGACGUCAAGAGUUCAAAAGUGAACAUCUUUUUUCAAAUACUUGUUUCUUUUGCAGAUGGCCGUCUGAAACCUGCUCCUGUGACGACGACAUUUAAAGAAGUAACGGAAGAUUUUGUUCAUCAAUCGUGUAUUUUCAAUUUCAUUGUAGUUGAAUUUAAAGAACAUUGUUGAUAUUGUAUUUAUAUUGCUGCUUAAUAAAUACAAAUGAAUUGUUGCCUUUGUCUCUUGGUCUUCUUUGUCCUGUACGUGGAAGUUGUUGAAGUGUUACUAUGACUACCUAUUUAAUUGCUAUUUCACUGUGAGCAUUUUUAGGUUUAAAAGAUGUUUAAAACACAGUUAUGAUUAAAAAGACGUUCAAAAUUGAAAGUUUUUUUGUUAGAAAAAUUCACUCGAGGCGAUGUAAAAAUCAUUAAUCACAAGACAUUUAUAUUUAUUUGAUAGACAAAACAGCUGCUGAAGACGCCUGGUGUCCCAGAAAGUUCACACAAGGACACAGGCCUUAAACACUUACAGAGGACAUGAGCUUUUGUUAAAUGUAAACAUUCCUUAAUCACUUAAACACAUACUAAUUAGUCAUUUCGAUUUUUUCCCAACAUUUUUCCACUGGCUUUUUGAAGACCAUAUUUCACCAGGAUUUGCAAUAUUAGCUUUCAACUGAGAAAUGUGGAUGCGGUUUCUUAGUAAGCCUCUAAAAUGACGGAAUACUAUUAUUUACACAAUGAAAAAAAAUCUCUAUUGCAAAUCCCGGUGAAAUAUGGUCUAAGCGUGAACGUUUAAUCAAUGUCUUCUAAUAGUACAUGAAAAAACUUUAAGUUUUAAACCAAUUUUGAACGUCUUUUCACUGGUAAAAUGCUCACUGGUUACUGUGUCGAUGUAAGUGACAGGGUGAGAUCAAAUUGCAGGUCUCUUUUGCUACUAAUUAAUUUCAUCUUCACUUAACUCCAUUAUUUCUUCGUUAUGAUUCAUUUAUCACUCAAACAGCCCACUGUUUGUACUGCUCUUCCUUCUGUGUAGUGCCUUUAUUCACUCUGUGUGUGUGCUGGAGGAAUCAUGUAGGACAAGAUUCAUCUUCUCUCCUCCAUCACAGGAGCUCCUCUGUAGCCCGGGGUCAGAUCUAGCUCCUCUGCAUCCUGCAGCGGCUCUGCUCUGCUCUCCGCCUGUGGCACUCUGCAUGUAUACAUGUGUCUAUAGUUGUUGGUUUAGAGACAGAAAGAGAAAGGGAAAAGGUAGAUAGAUGGAGAACAGAGGGAAAAAAACUAAGUGGAGAUUUGAAGCUCCUCUUGGCGUUAUACUGUUGCUCAACCCUCUGUGUUUCCCAGGAUUGAUCGUUGCCAAUAAACCACCUCACUCAGAAGAUCUGUGAACACACAGAGGUGUCUUAAUAGAAAAAUCUUUGGCACUGUCACAUCCCUCAAUCACUUGCAUCCCAAAUCCCUCAGUCCCAACCUCAUCACUAGCUUCUAACCUCAUUUGUUGCCUUUAUUUUCCACAGAGGCAAUUGCCUUUCCUCCACCAUGCCCAAAUAUCAUUACCUCCACACACCUUUGCUGCUAGCUAUGUUAACUUAGCAGCUGCAACUGCUGCUGAAUUUACAACUCAAACCCGCCAGAGCAGCGCACGCCGCAUGGUGUAAUCUUUGGUUGAUCCUGUCCCCGAGGCUUUUAUCCCCUGUAAGCACUAUUAUUGUUUGGGGGAAACAAAAGCUGGGACCAUCUGAAGUUCGUAGUCCCUUUCCAGCUGUUGACAGAGUGUCUAUUAUUCCUGGUACGAGCCUCGGUACGGGAGGAGUUAUACGCCAGGGAGAAAAGAGGACUUGCAAAUCAAAUUGCUUUAAUCCAUUGAAGCAUCUGUCCUCAUUCUCUAGAGGGCAGCAGGGUGUGUAGCAGAGGAGGCACUGAGCCCCGAUCACGACUGGAAAGGAAAACAAAACCUGUCGCUGAGGAAUCAUAUGUGCCUUGGUCAGCCAGCUGUGCAGUGCAUGUUGGGUAUGGAUGGCAGGACUGUCAAAUUGACAGAUUUUUCCCCCUCUUUUCUCAAGUGUCAGAUAUGGUAAGAAGCUUGGUCAAAGUUUUUCAUUAUCUGCAGUCAUUCAUGCUUCUAUUUCUCUGCUUUUUCACCCAUUUUUUCUGUCUUUCAACAAACGCACAAACACAACGUGCAGCUUUAAAAUUGUUCCGGAAAAAGAGACAAACAGUACAGCAUCCCCAACUCUGUGAUUCUGUCUGCAGCUAACAAAGUUUUUCCCCCUGAUGGGUUGAUUCUGUGAUUGCUGUUUUUUUUGUCGUAUUCAAACAGAAUGGCUCAUGAUGUCAACCCGAUUUCUUUUCCCCUCACCCACAGAGUAAAUGUCUUUCGUUUUGCGCUGUUUGUGAUUAAUGGAACAUCAAAAGCCGAUCUGAGCUCAGUGUGAUACAUUCCUGAGGAUAUGAGUCUGCCAGGGACACAUAAACAUCAUUAAUGAACAAGAGACAGACUGGAGUGAGACAGAGUGACAGAAAAAGGGUGAGAAGAAGCAAACAGGAAGGCGAUAGUUAUUUUUGUCAGUAAUAUGACGUCUAUAUACCUGUGGUUUUGAUGAUGAUUGCCUCGGUGAGUGAUGGAGACACAUUUUGCACCCCGGGAUCUGGUGUGAUUACCUACCAUCGGUCUGGUGCGAACAGACAAAUGGAUGGCAGCAUCUUUUUUUUUUUUCUAAAUCCAUUUGGAAAAUCACAUCUCCCUUUGCUCUUUCAUGCCCAGUGGCAAAAAAACUCGGAAGUGUACAAAGGGAACUUCUUCACUCAUCUAUGUGAAGACAGCUAUAUUUAUCUGGGUAUGUAGCUCUCUGUUGGGCUUAGAGGCUUAAUUACCCAGACGAGAGGAAAGCAAAAGUGAAAUGCAAUUAUGCAACUGUGCGCAGAGUAGGCUAUCUUGAAUAGUGGAACUGUUGUGACAUUACUGCUAACAUUUCGCAGUAGAGGUCUGAUCUUUGUGUCGUGUUUUUCUGCAGAACAAAUCUGUGGAUCCUUUAGGGAACAAAUCCUGAAUCCAAAGCGUUUAGGCUUCUUCUGGUAGAAAUGCUAAAAGGUGCGGUCUGUUUGCUCCACUUGGAGAGCGAGAAAGAGCAACCUCUCCUCCAUUCUGCACUUUUUAUGAAACACAGACAUAUGUGCUCUCAAAUGAUUCUUUUUUACAUUUUGGUAAAUCUCUCUUAUUCACUCUUAUUCACUUACUUGCUAAUAUGAAGCUACAACCAGCAGGUUAGCUUAGCUUAGCAUAAAGACUGGAAACUGAGGAAAACAGCUAUAUCUUGGCAGUCUGAAGGUAACAAAAUGUGUCUACCAAGACCUCUAAAGCUCACUAAUCAACAUGCUAUAACAAUUUAUUAAGUGAGCUUUAAAGGGAUGAUUUUGUCAAAGAAAGAGCCAGACUAACUAUUUACUCCAUUUCCGUCUUUAUGCUAAGCUAAGCUAAGUACAGACAUGAGAGUGUUGUAGAUCUUUUCAUAUAACUAUCAGCAACCACACUAGAAAACACUGUUACACAAUUAGUAGGACACGCGUUCACAUUCUAAACUGGCAAGGGAAAUCUCAAAUGGAAAAGUUAAUGUGUCAUGCUUUACCUUCUCCUGUUUGAGUGCCCUUGAGCAAGAAUCCUAACUGCUCCAGCAAGAGCUGCUCAUUGGCCAUCAGUGGAGGGCUGCAGGCGUAAAGGAGUGGGAGCUAGCUGCACAUGCAUGAAGCUGAAAAAAAGGCAUUAAAAUGAAAUCUCAUUGUGUAUCUCUCUGUGCCUCCCUGUCGGCGUCAGCGUGAAGGAUGUAGAGCCAGAGGGGGGGACAGGAUGGAGUGUUCCUGGAAGACGGUGCUGCUGCUGGUGUGUGCGUCUCUUGGGGUCCAGUACACAGCCAUCCGCACCCUGAGGGACUCUCUGUCUGGGCCCUGUCAGGGGACCUACCGCUGCCAGACCAGACACCACAGAGACUCCAGGUGGAAAGCUUUGUGCGAUGACGGCUGGAUGCCCGUCGAUUCGCCUCGGAAGCACAUCCUGCUGUUUGCCACCACGCGCAGCGGCUCCUCCUUCACCGGGCAACUCCUCAACCAGCACCCAGGGAUCUUCUAUGUAUUUGAACCUCUCUACCACGUCCAGCAGGCAUUCACCAACUCCAGCAGCAGGCUGCGUCGCACCCUGGACCGCCGGGCCCUACUGGGAGCAUACAGAGACCUCCUCCUCAAUCUAUACACCUGUGACCUUCACUUCAUGGAGAAUUACAUCCGUCCGGAGCCCCAGGACCACGUCACAAGCUCCUUCUUCCGCCGAAGCUCCAGCCACGCACUCUGUUCCCCUCCCGUGUGCUUCGAUGGAGGUGAUGUGGCGGCCUCUGCUACGCCUGAUGAAACCUGGUGUCCCAAGAAGUGUGGGGCCCUGAACCUCACCCUAGCCUCUAUGUCAUGUCUGUCAAGGGAACACGUAGCCAUCAAGACUGUGCGGGUCCCCGAGGUGGGGGACCUGCGCACCUUGACAGAGGAUCCACGUCUGGAACUGAAGAUUGUGCACCUGGUGCGAGACCCCAGAGCCAUCCUUGCCUCACGCAUGAUGGCCUUCUCAGAUCAAUUCCGCGCUUGGAAAAUAUGGAACGCAACUGGACGGCAGCCUCGAUAUGUGGACUUGACACAGAUCACCAGUACCUGCAAAGACAUGGCGGGCUCUGCAGAAACAGGCCUGCAAAGGCCGGCAUGGCUGCGGGGACGCUACCUGCUGGUGCGGUAUGAGGACCUGGCGUUCAAUCCAAAGGACAAGGUCACUGAGAUCUACCGGUUUGUAGGGCUUGAGAUGGAGGACAGGGUGCGGAUGUGGAUUGCAAAGAACACCAACAGUAAUGUGUCGUCCCCUUCAGAAUGGAACUACAGGUACUCCACCACCAGAGACUCCAGAGCGACAGCAGAGACCUGGAGGCUGCGUCUGGGCUUUGACAUCGUGAGGACUGUGCAGAAUCUGUGCAAUGACACUCUGGCUCUGCUGGGAUACAAGCAGGUUCACUCUGCAGCUGAACUCAGAAACCUGUCUCACAGUUUAGUGGAACACAGGACCUUUCAACCAAUCACAUGAUAGAUUAGAUUUUUAAAAACUGCUUCUUUAUUUAUUACAGCUGACUUUCCUCUCAUGAUGCCGAUUAAAUGAAUGUAAUUUAUCUUAUUUUUCAAUAAUGCCGAAAGUAAUUUAUUAUAACUUUUUAUGGUUUUGUUAAAGAUAUUAAAAGUGCCAAACGUCAAGCGUGUGUGACACGGGAAAGGGUAUUUAUCUAGAAUAAAGUCUAUACUGCUGUAUAUGUUGAUUGAAAAAAAAUGUAUCGGCUCGUUCGGCAAAACACUGAAUCUUUCUGUGAUUAUUUAUUAUUAUUAUUAUGCUGUUUUUUAAAAUACAUUUUCUCAGAAUUUCAGUGUUUAAAUGACAAUAAGAGAGAAUUGAAAGAGCAGGGACCAUUUCAGAGUAAAUCUGACCUCUGACCUACA